UUCCACGCUCUAAAUGCUUUUGUAACUUAAUCUGACAUCAGAUGAAAAUUUUCUUUUCAGUGCUGCUCUUUACAAUUUAGAAGAAAGAACACUGAAACUGACAUCUGUAUAUAGUCUUGCAGAAUAAUUUGGAGGGUUUGGUCUUAAGUCAGUAAUCAUCAUCCAUCAGCUUGCUGGAAUAAGAGAAUGGCUGAUCGAGUGCUUGUGAUUGGCAGUGGAGGUAGAGAACAUGCAUUGGCUUGGAAGCUGGCACAAUCUCCACACCUGAAACAGGUACUGGUUGCACCAGGAAAUGCCGGAACAGCCAAUGAUGGGAAAAUGUGUAAUUCAGGUGUUUUAAUUAGCAACCACACUAUCCUUUCCCAGUUCUGCAAAGAUCAUAACAUUGGGUGUGUGAUUGCUGGACCAGAAACUUUGCUUGCUGCUGGAAUUGUUGAUGACUUGGUAGCAGCUGGAAUUCAGUGUUUUGGCCCUACAGCCAAGGCAGCCCAGUUGGGAACAAAUAGAUAUUUCACUAACAUCUUUCUUGAUCAGCAUGGAAUUCCCACAGCAAGAUGGAAAGCCUUUUCAAAUCCUAAAGAAGCAUGUGCUUUUAUUAACAGUGCAGAUUUUCCUCCAUUGGUGAUAAAACCUUGUAGUUUUGGUCCUAGAAAAAAAAUAGUUCUUGCAUCCAACCGAGCAGAUGCCUCUAAGGCGGUACAAGAUAUUCUUCAGGACAACAUGUGUUGUCAUUCUGGCGACUCCUCUGAGACAGUUAUCAUUGAAGAACUCCUUAAAGGGGAAGAAUUUUCAUAUUUAUGCUUUGUUGAUGGAACCACUUUUAUUCCCAUGCCACCAGUUCGGGUCCAGAAACAGCUGCUGAAUGGCCAUCAGAGUCCAAGCAUUGUUGGAAUAGGAGCCUUUGCCCCUUUUCCUAAGGUUUCUGAAGUUCUUCUGGAAAAAAUUAAAAGCACGAUCCUUCAACACAUUCUUGAAGGUAUGAAGCAAGAAGGUAUGUCAUAUGCAGGUGUGCUGCAGGUAGAAUUAAUGCUUACUAAAGAUGGCGUGAAAGUUUUAAGUGUUGACUGUCAUUUUGGUGACCCACAAUGUCAGAUAAUUCUUCAACUUCUUAAGAGUGAUCUUUAUGAAGUUAUCCAAGCUAUAGUUACUGGCCAACUCUGCAAUUCUAUAUUGGCUUGGUCGGAUAAUUGUACUGCUGUGUCAGUUUCCAUGGAAAAUGGCAGCUAUCUUCAAGAUCAUAAAAAAAGCAUGGAAAUCACUGGGCUUCUUCAAGCUAAAGAGUUAGGCCUUGAAAUCUUUCAUGGAGCAACUGUAAUAAAGGAAGGCAAAGUGCUGAGUAAUGGAAACAGAAUCCUUACAGUAACAACUGUCAAGCAGGACUUCACAUCAGGCCUUGAAGAUAUUUACAAAGGACUAGCAGUCAUUUCUAUCCAGGGUGCAACCUACAGAAAAGAAACUAGCCAUCAAACUAUUGCAUUCUUCAGACAGUUUGUGUCCCCAUCACAUGAAGAUAGAAUUUCAGAUUCCAUAGCAUGCAGUAUCUUGGAUCAUUCAUCUGUAUUAUCCGCUGCAAGGGGUACCAAGCUAGGUUGCCCUGGGCAUGAUGGAAUCAUUCCUGCCCUCUUUGAUUUAAAAGCCUCUGGUUAUCAUGAUCCAAUUCUAGUAUCGCAUGCUAAUGGCAUUGGGACAAAACUUAAGAUUGCCCAGUUGUGCAAUAAGCAUGACAUGAUUGGUCAGGACUUGGUGGCUAUGUGUGUCAAUGAUCUGCUGGUUCAAGGAGCUGAACCUCUCUUUUUCCAUGGCCAUUUCGCAUUUGGGAAACUGGAUGCUGGUGUGGCUCAGCUCACUCAGACGAUAUCAGAUGGGAUAUCUGAAGCUUGUAAACUGGCAGGAUGCACCUUCCUUGGAAGAGAAAGCAAUCAAAUGCCUGCCACUUGUGCAGCUGGAGAAUACAACCUGGUUGGCUUUGCAGUUGGUGCUAUGGAGCGAGGCAUGAAGUUUCCUCGGCAAGGGAACAUUGUCAAUGAAGAUAUUGUGAUUGGAAUAGCUUCUUCAGGGCUUCAUCACCAAGGAUUUGAUCUUGUGAGAAAGAUUUUUUUAACCUCGUCCCUACACUAUUUUUCUCCAGUUCCUGGUGGAUAUGGCAACCAUACUUUAGGAGAGCAGUUGUUAACUCCAACCAAAAUCUAUAGCAGAUCCCUCCUUCCUGUCCUCCGUUCGGGAAAUGUGAAAGCCUUUAUCCACAUUGCUGAUGGAGGAUUGUUGGGUGGUUUUUCCCGGAUCCUUCCUGAAUGCUGUAGUGUUGUUUUGGAUACCCAUAAGUGGAAAAUUCCAUCAGUUUUCUCUUGGCUCCAAGAGGAAGGAAACCUCUCAGAAGAGGAGAUGGGGCAAAUAUUCAACUGUGGGAUUGGUGCUGUUUUAGUAGUCCAGAGAGAAGCUGCCAAGAAGGUGCUGAAGGAUGUCCAGAAACAUGAGGACGCAUGGGUGAUUGGAAAAGUUGUCCACCGAACUGCAGGGUAUCCCCAGGUAGAAAUCAAGAAUCUCUCUGAAGUGCUGCUACAAAAUAAAUGGCCAUUUUUGAAGGAUGUUUCAAAUACAGACAAUCAACCUCAUAUCAUACACAGAAAGCAUAAAGUUAAAGUAGCUGUUCUUAUUUCUGGAACAGGUACAAGCCUUUCAGCACUCCUGGCAUAUGCAAAAGAGCCUGCAAGUUGCUCUGAGGUAGUCCUAGUAAUUGCCAACAGAUCUGGGGUGGAAGAACUAAGGAAUGCAACCCUGGCUGGGAUCCCAACCAGAGUAAUUGAUCAUAAAUUGUAUGGAAGCAGAUCAGAAUACGAAGGCACAAUUGAUAGUGUCCUUGAAGAAUUCUCUAUUGAAUUGAUUUGUCUGUCGGGAUUUAUAAGAAUUUUGUCCAGUAACUUCCUUAGGAAAUGGUAUGGGAAGAUGCUGGGAUCUUAUCCAUCAUUAAGUAAGAGAAGAAGCAUCUAUAAUCAAGCACAUCCAUCUACAGACAAAAUUGUGGGCUGUAUUGUGCAUUUUGUACUUGAGGAGACCAGUCCUGAAGCAAUAAUUGUACAGGAGCCGGUAUGUGUAAAGGCAGAAGAUACCCAGGAGACCUUAUAUGAAAAGAUCAAAGAAGCAGAGAACCAUGUCUUUCCCAUGGCUCUGCAAUUGGUUGCCAGUGGAAUGGUGCAGUUAGGAGGAGAUGGAAAAACCUACUGGAAAAGAGAAAGACAGGAGCUGAUCUGCCAAAAGGAAAGGCAGGAUUUUUAAUGCUUUUGUAGCAGCAAUUUCACAUAGUGAUAAAUGACAAUGGUUAAUGUUCUAAAUUCAAUUUUGGUUUCAGUCUGUCACUUCCUUUUAUAGUCAUUUUUUUCUUUUUCCUUUGUUUAUAUAGUUACAGCUUCCCUUCCAUAAAACAGAACAUUAGGAUCAGCAGUGGCUCCCUGGCAGGGGUGAAAUCUAAUUUUUUUUGCCACCGGUUCUGUGGGCGUGGUUUGGUGGGCGUGGCUUGGCUUGGCAGGCGGGCCAACAUGACGUCACUCACGUCACUCUUUCUUUCUUCUCUUUCUCUCUCCCUUCCUUCUUUUCCCUUUCUUUCUUCUCCCUCUCUCUCCCUUUUUUCUUCUCUCUCUUGUCAGCCCGCUGCACUGGGGCUGUCAUUUUGGCGGGGAUGGCAGCCGAUGGAGCCAACUGCCCCACAUUCCAGCCUCCCGGGAAGCCUCACCCUGGCUCCACUUGCUAGCCCUGCAUCCUGUCACUCGCUGGCUGCUUCUCUGCCCACUCUUAAUGCCGCCAGUGCCACUGCUACUGGGAGACCAGCUGGACGCAGCCGAAUGAGGCUUGCUGUCCUGCCACAAGUAAUAUAAGGGGCCUAGGAUCCAGGCUACGCUCAGAUGAGAAAAGAGAGCGAGAGAGCAAGAGAGCGAUGGGGAAACAGCGACACCCGAUUUUCAGGCAAGCAUGGCAGGGUUUUGGGGAAGGGAUUAAGCUGCUAGCUCCUUCCCCCGCAGCCCUUGAUGUCUCGGUCUUCCUUGGUCUCUCUCACUCUUUUUGCUCUGCGAGACUAAGCUGGGAGACAAGAGCACCAAAAAACAGCUGUGACUGCUUGAGCCAGCCAAAGUAGAGAGGGAGGGAGAGAGAAUUGGGUGUUGCCAUUUCCCCAUCACUCUCUAGCUCUCUUUUCUAUUCUCCCCAAGAACUGAAGCUUUUUUCAGCUGACUCGGAGCUCCCAGGCAGUCUGGAGGUCUCGUAAUGAGGCGGAUCCGGGCUAAUGCCAUUGCGAUCCUGACUGUGGCCUGGAUCCUAGGCACUUUCUAUUAAUUGUGGCAGGAAUGAGCAAGCCUCAUUCGGCUGCGCCUAGCCGGUCUCCCAGCAGCAGUAGCGUUGCCGGCGUUAAGAGUGGGCAGAGAAGCUCUGGCAAAGUCAAGCCCCAUAAAGAAGAGGGGACCACCCCCCUUCUUGUAAGUGCAGCUUCCCUCCCCCCUCCCCCCCCCCCGGUGCCUGCUGAUGGGUUGGCAAUUCCCGCGGCUGCCUUACUGCAGAACCAGAUGCUGAACGGGCGUGGGGAGGUCAUGGGGAGGGGGAAAGGAAAGGAAGUGCUCGGAGAUGUGGAAGUGUCAGCCGAGUUUGUGGUGAGAUUGGCUGGCGAGAUGGAGAUGAAGAGAUGGAGUGGCAAAGUGAUGGGGGUGGGAGGGGCAGCAUGGCUUGUGCCAUGGGAAUUGAUGUAUUUAUUCCAGCAUUUUUCUUCCCGAAGCCCUGCCUUGCUUGCCUGCCUUCCACAUGGGCUUCAGCUUGCCUGCCUUUGCAAGCUGGCCACCGGGAUGCCGGGAAGGCAGUGUGGAAGGCAGACAAGCAUGGCAGGACUGUGGGCCACAGAUCGGUUCGGGGGCGUGGCCAGCCAGCCAAUGCUCCCGCUUCAGCAAACCAGCCCCAGUCUUCGCUACCUACUCGCCCGAUCCAGUCCGAUCCGGUAGCAUUUCACCCCUGUUCCCUGGGGUGAGAAAAGGCAUGGGCACAAUGUGAGUUUCAAAUAGUUCCUCUUCCCAAAGGCAAAUAGCUGCCUUAGACACUGAGCUUGGGCUUCUUUUCUAUCUAUUUCAUUUCAAUAACUAAACCAUAAUGGAUAAACCAUAAACCAUGAGGAAGCAAAGUUAAAGGCUUGCAGGCUACAGGCUUGCUUUGAAUGCACUGAUUGGAAUAUUUUUGAAGAUACUUCUGUAGACCUGGAUGAACUCACAGAUACUGUAACAUCAUAUGUCAGUUUCUGUGAAGACCUAUGUGUACCGACCAGGAACUUGCGAAUAUACAGUAAAAGCAAACCUUGGUUCACAGCUAAAAUUAAGCAGCUACGUGGUUCCAAAGAGGAAGCCUACAGAAAAGAUGAUAAAAUGCUGUACAAUUAGGCCAGAAAUGUAUUAACAAGGGAGACCAGAGCAGCAAAAAGAAGCUACUCUGAAAAGCUAAAGAAUCAGUUCUCAAUGAAUGAACCAGGAAACAUGGAAAACUCUUAAAAAGUUCACUGGCUACGGCAAACCUUCACAGGCUGAAGGAAAUCAACAACUGGCAAAUGACUUGAACAUGUUUACUGCAGGUUUGAAAGGAAACUACAGCCACCUAUCUCCACAACCCCCCUCUCAGACACACCAACAACAGCCAAGCCUCCUACAACUGACCCCAUCUCAUUGGGUUCACAACCCCUAGUGAUUACAGAAAAGGAAGCGUAAGACCUAUUUCACAGACAAAAGCCAGGAAAAGCUCCAGGCCCAGACAAGAUAACUCCUUCUUACUUAAAAGUCUGUACUGACCAAUUGGCCCCCAUCUUCACAUGAAUCUUCAAUAAAUUGCUAGAGAUGUGCUAUGUUCCUUCUUGCUUCAAAUGCUCUAGUAUCAUCCCAAUGCUAAGAAGCCCACCAUCAAGGAACUGAUUGACUACAGACAAGUUACUCUAACAUCUGUAGUCAUGAAAACCUUUGAAAGGCUAGUGCUGUCCCACUUGAAAACCAUCACAGAUCCGCUGUUAGACCCAGUGGUGGGAUUCUGCCAGUUCUAAGCGGUUCGGCAGAACCGUUUGUUAAGUUGCCGGUUC